UUACGGAAAAUUAGUUAACGAACGAACGGAGACACAAUUAAUGUCCGAUUACAAGGCUCGGAUUGGCCAACUGAAUGCAUACGAAGGACGCUUGUAUGACGUGGAGGCUAUUAAAGUCCAUGAAGGUUACGUAAAAAAACAUUAUUACAACGAUAUCGCGAUCCUACGUCUGAAGGAAAGCGUUUCUUAUUCUGAUGCCGUAGCUCCGGUAUGUUUGCCAAACCAUGUACUUGCACGACGAGACCUGACUGGAGUUUCCAGUACUCUGUUAGGCUACGGAGAUCUUUCCUAUGGUGGUCCUAGUACUGAUGUUCUCCAGGAAGUAAAUGGUAUUCCUGUAGUUUCUUCGAGAGAUUGUAACAGAACUUACACACUUUUCCCACGUUCUCCUUUUAACCGAGGUGUUACAAAACAAUUCAUCUGUGCUGGGCUGACAGAGGGCGGAAAAGAUGCCUGCCAAGGAGACUCUGGUGGACCAUUGAUGAUAAAAGAAAACAACGGAAGAUGGACCGUUAUUGGAAUUGUCUCGUUUGGAUAUCGUUGUGCCGAACCCAAUUAUCCAGGAAUUUACACACGGGUAUCGUACUUUAUGGACUGGCUAGAAGAAAGCAUAAACCAGUUAGCUUCAAAGAAGACACAUUAGAUGAUGCGAAACAAUUGGAAUUCGUCUUUAAAGUUUAAUUGUUUUUGUUGUUUGUAAUGAAGUCUAAAACUGUGUAUUUUGUAAAAAGAAAAAAACUCUUCAAUAUUAUGUUUACAUAUUAAUGAAACAUAUAUUAAGGAAUACUGUGUAUUAAGCUUAAUACUAUUGUACUUUAUAAUCAUUUCCAUUUAUUACACCCAGAAAUGCUCGUGUGAUAAAGAUUAUAUAUAUAUAUAUAUAUAUAUAUACAUAUAUAUAU